AUGGAAGCAGACGCACCAGCACCCCUACCACUCUCCAAAACCUACGAAUUAACAGCCUCUUCCAUCUCCUACACCAAAUCAACCACAACCACCACCACAUUCUCCCCAUUUCACUUCCUCUUCAAGCCAUGCACCGCCCCCACACCCACUUACAUCCUCAAAGACAUCUCCCUCACCGCCUACCCCUCCGAAAUCCUCGCCAUUGUAGGCCCCAGCGGGGCCGGAAAGUCCACUCUCCUUGACAUCCUAGCCGCUCGAACGUCGCCCACAGGCGGCGCUCUCCUCCUCAAUUCUUCCCCUAUCAACCCUUCCUCAUUCCGCAAACUCUCUGCCUACGUCCCUCAGCACGAUGCAUGCCUUCCGCUGCUCACCGUCUUCGAAACCUUUGCUUUCGCCGCAAGCCUCCUGGUUCCCAAUUCCAGCCCAACAAACAUUGCAGACGUUGUCGCCUCUCUGCUCACUGAGCUCAGGCUUACGCAUUUGGCCAACACACGCCUUGGCCAUGGCCUGUCCGGCGGUGAACGUAGACGUGUUUCAAUAGGCCUGAGCCUUCUCCACGACCCUGCCGUGCUACUUCUCGACGAACCCACCUCGGGUCUUGACAGCACCUCUGCUUUCAACGUAAUCCAGACCCUCAAAUCCAUUUGCACCUCGCGUCACCGCACUGUGGUUUUGUCUAUUCACCAACCCAGCAACAAAAUCCUCUCAGCCAUUGAUAAAAUCCUCUUGCUGUCCAAAGGGACAGUUGUGCACCAUGGAACACUCUCUUCUCUUGAAGCUUUUUUGCUCUCUAACGGCUUCACAGUCCCUCCACAGCUCAAUGCCUUAGAAUACACCAUGGAAAUUCUCAACCGCCUCCCUGCCUUAAAACCAAUUACAUCUGUACCAUCAUCGCCUCCUGAUAUUCCUAGUUCUACAGCUAAUCCUCAUAAUUCUGAUCAAGAUAAUCAGGCAACCAGACAAGUCACGAGAUACAAAAGCUCUCGAAUCCAAGAGGUUUUGGCUCUUUACAACCGGUUUUGGAAAAUCAUUUACAGAACAAGACAGCUUCUUUUAACAAACACCUUGGAGGCUCUUCUUGUGGGUCUGGUUUUAGGAACCAUUUACAUCAACAUUGGGUUCGACAAGCAGGGAAUUGAAAAGAGGUUUGGUCUCUUCGCCUUCACGCUCACUUUCCUGCUUUCCUCCACAACCGAAACCCUCCCAAUCUUCAUCAACGAAAGGCCGAUCCUCCUAAGAGAAACGUCUGGUGGGAUUUACAGGCUUUCCUCCUAUCUAAUCGCAAACACUCUGGUUUUCCUGCCUUACUUGCUCGCAAUCGCGAUCAUCUACUCUGUCUCGGUCUAUUUCUUGGUGGGUCUUUGUGCGUCUUGGCAAGCGUUUGCUUAUUUUGUUCUGGUCAUAUGGGUCAUAGUUCUAAUGGCGAACUCGUUCGUGCUGUUCUUGAGUUCUCUGGCACCCAACUACAUUGCCGGGACAUCACUGGUGACGAUACUUUUGGGUGGGUUUUUUCUCUUCUCUGGCUACUUCAUCUCGAAAGAUAACAUGCCCAAGUACUGGCUCUUCAUGCACUUCUUUUCUAUGUACAAGUAUGCCCUUGACGCCCUCCUGAUCAAUGAGUAUGGCUGCCUUGUGUCAAGGUGUUUGAUAUGGUACGAAGAGAAUAAUGGUAAUAACAGAGAGUGCAUGGUGACGGGAGGCGAUGUGUUGCAGAAGAGAGGGCUGCAUGAAAGGCAGAGGUGGAGCAACAUCUACAUCUUGAUUGGGUUCUUUGUGUUGUAUCGUGUGCUUUGUUUGAUGGUUUUGAUCCGAAGGGUCUCAAGAUCAAACAAGUAA